AUGCCUGGAUUCGCGGAUUCGUUUUGGACGCCCGACUAUGCCACGGGCCUCGGAGUGCUUUACGGAAAGCUGCAGCAGGGUGUGGUGGAGAAUCGGCAGAUCUUGACUAUCGCGUCUAUGCGGGCGGAUGCAGAAGAGCAAUAUGGCCUGCGCAUGGGAGACAUCGCUCCCAGUGUGGAUAAGCUCACUGCAGUGGGAUUUGGCAAGGAUGAUGGGGCCAGUGUGCGGAAGGCCUACGAGGGAGUCCGUUCCGAGAUGGUCGAUUCCGCCCGGAAUCACCAGAAAAUGGCCAGCAAUAUCCGUGAGCUUGUUGUGUCGCCUUUCCGACGAUGGAGCGAACAGCACGAUAUUCGGAUCCAGGCCUCGCAUGACAACCUGCAGGUGCGGAUCAAGGAGCAUGCGAAACAAGUGGAGUUGGUGAAAAAGCUGCGCAGCCAUUAUUUCAACAAGUGUCGUGUGGUGGAGGACCUGGAGGAAGAGAACAAGCUGGCUUUCCAAGCUCCCGAGUCGAGCCCCAAGGCCAAGGCGACGCCGAAGAUCGUCCUCCCCGUCGAGGAAGAGCCUGAGGAGGAGCCCGUCGAACUGGGUGAUCGCGUCUAUCCUCCCGAGGAGAUAAAGAAGCUUUUGAAACACAUGCUGGACAACAUUAAGCUGGGUGAGGCGAAGGUGCCCAUCAUUGGCAUGUACCAGAACACGUCAACGGGCGCGGAUAUAGUGGAGUACAUACAAAACCACCUGAGCGGCAAUAGCCUUCCUCAAGCAGAGAGGAUCGGUCAGGACUUGGUGGACAAUGGCUUUCUUCGUUUGAUCGGUAACAUGGGAAACGUCUUUGCCAACAGCUCCAAGAUGAACUACCAAUGGCGUUCCAAGGUAUUCCAGAUCACGGGUAUCCCCGAGAAGAAGAAGCCUCUGAUGCGUGUUUCCUCGAUGGCGUCGAGCGAAGACGGCAGCGAAUCACCCAUCUCGUCGGUCUCGGAGAUGCUGUCUGGCUGGAACCCUCUCAACAACCCCUACCCGAACGAGACUCCUGCUGAGAAGCUCCGGAGAGAGGCCUCGGAGGCUGAUGAGCGGUACAAGUCGGCUGUGCGUCGUCUUGAUCAGCUCCGAUGCCGCCUGGAGGAGGUGAUCAUUGAAAAUCUACGCUUCAUGGAGCAGUGCGAGCUGGAUCGGCUCAAGGCCAUCAAGGCCGUGGUCCUUGAUUUCUCUGGCGCGAUCAGCAAUGUCAUCCCCAACCUCCAGAGCACGGUCGACCAUAUGAUGCUGUACCAGGAGACGAUUCAGCCUCUGGGUGAUUUGAGGUAUUUGUUGGAGAAUUACCGAACGGGAGGGUUCGUUCCUCGGGUCCAGGCGUACGAGAACUACUAUGGCUCCGUUGAAGACCAAAACUUUGGUGUCGACCUCGAAGCUAGAGCCCGCGUCGACCGGAAGCGGGUUCCGAUUCUUGUGACAACCAUUCUGACCUACCUCGAUAACCGCUACCCCGAGCUUGAAGGCGACGAAGCACGUCGUGCUAUCUGGAUUCAUGAUGUUUCGCUGGCGUCCACGCAUCAGCUGCGUAAUACGUUGAACAACAGCAAAGUCGAUUAUCGCGAGGUGCUUCCGAAAUACGAAAUUCCCGUUAUUGCAAGCGUUUUGAAACUGUACCUUCUGGAAUUGCCAGACUCCCUUGUUUCUUCACAAGUAUAUGAAAUCGUGAAAACGAUAUACUCCACGACCGCUCAUGAGACAACGGAAGAAGGGCGGCUCAAGGUCCUGCAGAGCACGCUUGGACAACUCCGCCUCGUCAACAUUGCUACACUUGAUGCCAUUAUGACCCAUUUUACCCGCCUGCUUGACCUGACAUCGGCCGAUGAACAAUACAUCGCGACGCUGGCACAGAACCUGGCUUCCUGUGUUCUGCGGCCUCGUACGGAGAGUAGCCUGACGAUGAAUGAGCGCCACAGCUACCGAUUGAUUCGUGAUCUGUUUGCUCACAAGGAUGUCAUCUUUGGCGAGCUGAAGCGACAAUCGAGUGCGCUCGGCAUUUCCACCUCCACUAGCCGUCCUCGUGCUAUCAGCACUGAUGAAAGUAACCGCCGCGCUGCCAUGGAAGCCCGCCAACGCGCCAUCGUCAAUCGCAGCCGGGCCACUAGCCCUGCGGCUCGCACACGGCACCGCCGUGACCGUUCCAGUGGUGCCUCUGAAUCUGGCCGGUUCCCGAUCAAUGUUGCGAGUCCGUCGGAGCGUCGCUCGACCCGAGGGAAUAGUUUGGACGUGCCGAUGUCGAACAGCAGUGACUCCCCGACUGCCCCUCCUCUCCCGACUGUUAACACCCAGACUGUUGAGCCUGUGACCAACGGCGCGGGCAGUAACUCGCCCGCAGUCAUGAGCGCCAGUGUGUCCUCGGGUUCAUCGAGCCCCCCUCCUCCCCCAGAGACCGCCUCGGACGGCUCUCCAACGCCGACCCCAACUCCUGCCCCCACGGCCACCGAGUUUGAGAAGCGCAGUUCUGUCCCCCGCUCCGCUGGUGCACGCUACACUCGCAAGCCCGGUCUUGGCAGCCUGUCUAGCUUCCCCACAAGUGCAGCAUCGGAUGCAGACAGUAAGCGAAGCAGUCUUGCCGAGAGCGAGCCCAAGGGCGUGACUCUGGAGGACAAACCCAUGGAUGAUUAA